AUGACUUACGCUGAUAACUAUAAGCAUCCAACCUCCAAUCGUAGUGUAAAUAGCUCGAAGAGAAUCGAUAAUAGAACUAAGUCUAAUCUUAAACAGGCAUCCGAGAGGAAGCUGUGCUACGCCGCGUGCGGGAGGGAGACGGAGAACAAGUUGCUGUUGCAGAUCAGCGAAGCCGAGCAAGUGUCGGACUUUGAAAGGAUUCUUAAUUCUAAUGCAAUACUCCGGGAGCGCGCUCGCCGUCACGUGUGGCGCGGCAACGUAGAGGCACACGCCCCCUCCGCCUCGCUGCUGCCGCGACCUCGCUCCACAUACUCCCUGCGCGCCGUGAGCCAGGCCUACCACACUCUGUUCCGCCAGCACGAGGAGUCCGUGCAGCAGCUCGUCGACCGCUACCGCCAAGAAGCGGCCGAUCUAAACAAGAAAUCCCCUUCGAGCUUACUAGAUAGCAAUUGGUUCGAAGACCUCCAUGAGCUCACCGAGUUUUACGAGGACGACCCGACGCUGCAGAAGGAGAUCGAAACUAUCACCGAUCGUAUAAUAGCCGAGGCGGCUCAGACGGAGGGCGGGGCUGUGUCGACGCGUAGCAACUUUAGUGUUAAUUUGGCUGGAUUAAUUAGUUUACACGUGAACGGGGAGGGUGUAUCCCCGACCUUUCGUGACGACCUCGGUCUAUCGCCCGAAGUGGAAAAAGUGGACGUCUGCGACGACAAGGAAUGGCUCUCUCCGAUUAUGAGUGCAAAGUCCGAUGAUCGACAUCUGCAGGACAGUUCCAGUAUCGAUCGCCUGGCGCAGGGUUUGAAUACGGUCCAGAUCGAAUGCGACGGGAAGGUGCCGACGAUAACGUUCAGCAAUUGUUGCGAAGGCCACGGCCAGUCUGAUAAACCUAACAAUAACGACGUCGUCAUUCAUCUCGCCGUUCCCUCUAUUGAGAGCCCCGACGAGGCGCGCCCGCCUAUGAUGUGA